CUCAUCGACGUCUGUGCAUACAUUGACGCCGACCUGGUCAUUAGCAAGCUCGGAGUCCUGGGACUUCUUCCUAAUGUCGCUUCCGCCGUCGCCAACCUGGACCUCUGUCUUUGCGCUUCUGCGUUCCCUUUGAACAUCCAAGACUACACGAGUCUUUCUGUCCUCGCAUCCAUUCUCGGCGAUGAUGAAGUCACAGCUCUUUUGACCGCAUUGAUCAACGAUGGUCCUGGAUCUAGCCAGUGCACCUACCCCGCCCACUCUUCGGCUCUAUGCUCGCAGUCGGACCCCUGUGGCUUUACUUGUGGCUCGGGAUAUGUCGUACAAGGGGAUCAAUGUGUUUGCCCUCCACCCUUGUCAGAGAAGAAUGGGCAAUGUGGCACCUUCCCC